AUGUUUCUUUCAGCCUGGCUACUGAUCGCCUUGGCAACGAACGUCGGGAUGGUGCUGACCGGCCGUGCCCUCUGCGGUUUCUGCGUGGGCAUCGCCUCGCUCUCCCUACCGGUCUAUCUCGGCGAAACGAUACAACCGGAAGUGCGAGGUACCCUCGGACUAUUACCAACCGCUUUCGGUAACACAGGUGAGUGUAUCUUCUCUCAGGGUGAGGAGCAAGUUUUGUCUCUCCAUUUGAAAAAUGUGCAAGCUUCACAGCGGAGGAGAGGAGCUAAUUGUCAUCGAAUUUUAGUCUGCUUCGUGGCCGGCAUGUAUCUAGACUGGAGAAAUCUCGCGUUGCUCGGCGCCGGUUUGCCAAUACCGUUCCUGAUUCUGAUGUUCAUGAUCCCCGAGACGCCGAGAUGGUACAUCUCCAAGGGUAAGGCGAAACGAGCGCGGAAAUCGUUGCAAUGGCUGCGUGGCAAAGGCACCGACAUCAACGACGAGCUAUCCGCCGUACAAAAGUUACACGCCGAAAGCGAACGCAACGUCUCGCAGGGCGCGCUGAUGGAGGUCUUCAAGAAGAACAACCUGAAGCCAGUUUUGAUCUCGCUCGGUCUGAUGUUCUUCCAACAGCUUUCAGGAAUCAACGCCGUCAUAUUCUACACCGCAAGGAGACUCUUAUUGUCCUUGCCGCCUUCUCGAUUCACUUCUUAUUCGAGAAGCUAUUUCUUUACGAUGAAAAUGAGAGUAAUUUGCAUUGAACGUAAAGUUACUUUACACGAUGAUCGCGAGGAAUAUGCUAGUUGGACGUCGCAUCGAGACCAUUCAACACUCUCGCCCGUGAAACAAUUUUUUGCAAUUGAUGAAUUUCAGAUAGGCUGUCAGAGGUCAGAGAUUCGCGUGGCCGUGGAACGAGUUGAUAUUGCAACCGAUCUGAAUCUAUUUUGUUCACAGGAUGCUGGAAGCAGCAUCGACGAGAACGUCUCGACCAUCAUCGUCGGUAUCGUGAACUUCAUCUCGACGUUCGUGGCGGCUAGCGUAAUCGACAAACUGGGUAGGAAGAUGUUGCUGUACAUAAGCGGCGUGUCCAUGUGCCUGACCCUGUUCACGUUCGGCACGUUCUUCUACGUGAAGGCGAGCGGUACGGACGUGACGUCGUUCGGCUGGAUACCACUGUUGAGCCUGAUCGUUUACGUGAUCGGCUUCUCCCUUGGAUUCGGCCCGAUCCCCUGGCUCAUGAUGGGCGAGAUCUUGCCGGUGAAGAUACGCGGCUCCGCGGCAAGCGUCGCCACCGCCUUCAACUGGACCUGCACGUUCGUCGUGACGAAAACGUACGAGGACAUCGUCUCGGUGAUCGGGCCGUACGGCACCUUCUGGAUGUUCGGCACGAUCGUGGUAGUCGGCUUCGUGUUUGUAAUCGUCUGCGUGCCAGAGACGCGGGGCCGUUCGCUCGAGGAGAUCGAGAAACGAUUCGCCGGCCCGGUGAGAAGAAUGAGCGCGGUGGCCAACAUGAAGCCUAUGCCGAUGGCCUGUUAA